UCACCAUUGAACGGCCAUUUUUUGUCGCCGGUGAGAAGCCGUUACUGUCUUGCUUGGGGUGCUUGUUUUCUGGUAGCCGCUUGUGUGUCGCCAAACAACGCCCGUUUUGUUGGUGCGCGUCCAGCGUGCGGGGUUUGUUGUUAAUAUUUAGAAUCGCCACCAUCCGUUGCGAUGAGUUACGGUCGUCCGCCGCCUCGUAUCGAGGGUAUGGUCUCUCUGAAAGUUGAUAACCUAACUUAUCGCACGACGCCUGACGACUUGCGUCGCGUGUUUGAGCGUUGCGGCGAAGUUGGCGACAUUUACAUCCCCCGCGACCGCUUCACACGAGAAUCUCGCGGAUUCGCAUUUGUACGAUUCUACGAUAAGAGGGACGCCGAGGAUGCACUCGACGCAAUGGACGGGUAUAUGCUUGACGGGCGCGAGCUGCGGGUGCAGAUGGCGCGUUACGGGCGGCCGACGUCGCCGCAUCGUCGCUACGGACGCUCCAGCCGUCGCGGUAGAGGCAACUCUCGCGACCGCUCUCGAUCUCGUUCGCGUUCUCGCAGACGCAGCCGCUCUCGUUCGUACCGUAAGCGCUCGGCAAGCCGCAGCCGCUCCCGCUCCGACAGCAAAAGCUCGCGGGGCCGGUCUCACUCCAGAUCCAAGAGCGCGAAGGGAAACGACUCCAAGUCCAGGUCGCGGUCUAAAUCAUAAAACUCUAAGUAUUCGCUGUGAAAGUUGAGAAUAAUCGUCUCGCCGAGAUAUACAUCAGACGCAGCCAACUACCACCUAAUGCCGUUUUGUUUGCCAUGUUGCGGUUUGUGUUUUAAGGUAUAAAUCAUUAGCCUUAGAUCAUAAUUUUUAUUUCGUACCAUUCAACGUAUAUAUAUAUAUAUACAUAUUUUAAUGUCGCGGCGCGGCGGCCGGCAUGCCGCCCGCACUCAAAAUACACAUCUUAAUACUGACUCUGGCAACAUCUGUUGUUGUGCAUUUCUAUUAAACGAAAAAUCGAAUAUUUUUAGAGCCCACGCGAUGAUUGCAGUAUUCUUUCAUUCAAACAUUCUUUAGAUUUCUUUAGAUUCUCGAGGUGAAAUGAUGCAAAAAAAAAAGUUAUUCAGAAAACAAAGAAAGCAAUACUCAGGUUUGAUAUGGUAUUUGUUAGAUAAUACCGUUUUUACUUAAAUGAUGAAUGAUUUUCAAUCGAAAGCUGUUUUGAUGACGAAGAAUAAAGUUUUGAAUUGAAAUUUUUACGCCAUCGACGAACAUGUAAACUACAUGAACUUCUUGUGGUUGAUAGAAGAGCAUUGAAACGAAUUUGUAAAGCGGCGUGCGUAAUUAACCAACAUCGUCGCAGCGCCCUGUUUUUUUUGCUUGUAUUUGCGAGUGGGCCGCGCGCACGUUGGUUAACUAAGUACUCGCUCGUUUGUUGCUAUACUCUGUUUUGUACACACUUGUAUGAUUGCGACUAACGUGUUUUAAUUGAUGUGCACAGGCUGUGGCAGUGUUAGCUGUGGCGAGACGUACGAGGGGCGAGUACGAGUCGCAAAAUGUCACAAUUUGCUGAAAUGCUGAAGUACGAGUACGAGCACGUGCAGAGUGGCAGUAGGAGUUUGCGGUUGGCAGUAGGAUAAUGUGCGCUCGCGGUUUUCUUUUGUUUCCCAGCCGUUUUCCGCGCGCAAUCCGGGUGCUGCGCUUUAUUCGGACUUGUCGGCCGGUCGCUUCACGAUUCGGCCUCCUUUCGAUUUGGUUAUUUAUUUCGUUGGUCUUAUAGCGUGGAGGUAAGUGCGCCGCUGCCGGAGGUAGGUAAGCGAUUCGCUUUCGCAAUUCGUGAGAAAUUUCGUUUCUAAUGCUGUUUUUUAGCCUGCAUCAGACAAUCUUCUUCUGCGCCUUCACUCUGUUCACGAUAUGCAAACACGUUUGGCUCUGGCGAUCAUCAAAUCAGACUUUGAUAUGUUUUAAUAAAUUGCAAGGCGUCAUAUAUAUUAUAUUA